UGUCAACAAGCAGAAUAAAUUUUCAAGCCCCUUUUCGUCAGUUCGUCACAUCUUGAAUUUUUCGGCUGGAAUUGGGCUUUUUGUUGGUGUGACAAAUAGACACAUCUUAAUCUAAAUGGCGCUCAAUCCGCAGUACGAUGCAAUCGGUAAAGGUUUUGUGCAACAAUAUUACACAUUGUUCGAUGAUCCGGCUCAACGGGCAAAUCUUGUUAAUAUGUACAAUGUUGAAACUUCAUUCAUGACCUUUGAGGGAGUACAACUGCAGGGUGCUGUUAAAAUUAUGGAAAAAUUAAAUAGUUUGACUUUUCAAAAAAUCACUAGAAUAGUAACUGCCGUGGAUUCCCAGCCAAUGUUUGAUGGAGGCGUUUUAAUUAAUGUCCUUGGAAGAUUGAAGUGUGACGAAGAUCCUCCACAUCUGUACAUGCAAACCUUCGUGUUGAAGCCACUCGGAGAUUCAUUUUAUGUUCAGCACGACAUUUUCCGUUUAGGCAUCCAUGACAUAGCUUAGAUCACAAGGACAGACACAACACGAAGAAAUGCUUAACUUGAAAUUUGAUAUAACAUACAACUGUUGAAUCAGAAUUCUUGACAUUUGGUACACAUUAUAUUUUUCUUGUAUCAUUUCGUCAAAGAAUUUAUGAAAUUGAAAGGACUAGACGAUUAUGAAAUUAUGAUAAUGAUCGAUUUAGUGAUCGAACAGGGUAAUCUAAAAUGAGAAUUUGGUUUUCAUUACACAGAAAAUGGAGAUAAAUUGUUACAUGUUUGUAAACGAACAAAUUAUAAAAAUGAAAAACCGCUUUCAUUAUUGUUACCCUUGGAGAUAAUGCGAUUUUGGGUUACGCCAUUCUUCGAGUUGUCAAUUAUACUUUUAAAUAUCAAUAACAUACAAACACUAGUUUCAUCAUGCUUCUCAAGUCUGUUUGGUUAUCUAGGUAUAUAAGUGCUAUCAAAAAUUGUGAAUAGCUGUUACUAAAUUUGGCAUCUUUUUGUGCUUUAUUUAACGUUGCUACGAGAACUCUUUGCAUUAUAUGUAAACAUUUUAUAACAAAUACAUUAUAAUUUUCUACA